AUGACACCCCCACUAAAAGUCCUCAUCUGUGGAAGUGGCUGUGCCGGCCCAGCACUUGUCUACUGGCUCACGCGGCUGGGCCACCGUGUGACAGUGGUAGAGCGAUACUCCACACUACGAGCAACAGGCGCACAAAUCGACCUGCGCGCGCAAGGGAUCGACGUGGUCAAGCGCAUGGGGCUAUUAGAGAACGUGCGCGACAAGCUCGUCGAUGAAGAGGGCAUGCGAUUCGUGGACUCGGCAGGGAAAUCAUGGGGCACGAUUCUCGCCAACAAGAGCGGGCAGGGCGCGCAGAGCUUAACCUCUGAAUAUGAGAUCAUGCGCGGGGAUCUCGUGCGGAUUCUCUACGAUGCAACGAAGGACCACGCGGGCGUGGAGUAUCUCUUUGGAAAGAGCGUUGAGCGCUUCCAGCAAAAUGAUCAGAAGGUGACAGUUUAUUUCUCGGACGGCGCCGUGGAUGACUAUGACCUCCUCGUCGGGGCGGAUGGACAGGGCUCGCGCGUUCGCAAGGCCAUCCUCCCGCCUAACGCACCGGAGCCAUAUCGCCGUAUCGGGGCGUGUGCGGCGUACUGGAAGAUCCCGCGCAGGGAAACGGAUGAUAAGAUGGCGAGCGUAUAUGCCGCGACGGAGGGACGAGCUAUUUUCAGGCGGUGCAAUAGUGGCUCGACGCAGGUGCUUGUGUCCAAGCGGGACGAUGCCAAUGAGCUUGGCAGUCUGCCGCGCGCGCCGGUUGAGCAGCAGAAGGAAGUGUGGGAGAGAAUUCUUCGCGGUGCUGGAUGGGAGACGGAGCGGUUUGUGGAGGGGAUGAAGUCUGCGGAUGAUUUCUACUGCCAGGAGCUGGUUCAGGUGAAAACGGAGACUUGGCAUAAGGGACGAGUGGUUCUUCUGGGCGAUGCGGGUUAUUGUCCGUCUCCGUUGACGGGGAUGGGGACCACGGCUAGCUUUGUUGGGGCGUAUGUCCUCGCAGGAGAGAUUACGCGACAUCCUGGGGAUCUGGGCGGUGCGCUGGCAAGCUAUGAUGCCGUACUCAGGCCGUUUGUCAAUGAGAUGCAGACGCUUUAUCAGGGAUUGGUGCAUAUUGCCAUGCCCAUGUCGCAGUGGGCGAUUCGCAUACGAUGCUACUUUACGUGGAUGAUUUGUUGCCUGAAGAUUCCAGACAUUAUCUCCAAGUUUUCUGCGGCGGAUCGGGGUGGUUGGAAACUGCCCGAGUACUCGGAGCUGAGGGGCAUUGAGAAACACUGA